AUGCAAGGCCCACCAAAUCAUAGAGCCGAGGAUUUCGAGCAACUACGACUGCGGAAAUGCCCAUUUCUUUUGGACACUAUCAAGUGGAAAUCAGCUACUAAACUGGGUGAUGGAUAUGAUGGAUGUGUUUGGAAGGUUGAAUUUGGGAAUGAAGGCACUUUUGUUCUAAAAGUUGAGGCCCAGCAGCGACAAGCAGUGGAAAGCCUUCGUGCCGUCUUGUCAUACUCCCCGCCCAUACGGAGGUGUUAUGGGUGGCUUGAUUUCGAUGGCGAUCUUAUCAAACGUAUACCAUAUCAAAUAAAGCCGCAGCCCCGCAAACGGGACAAGCCUCCGCAUAGUAUAUCACCUGGAAACGUCUACCAUGCUAUUAUCUAUAAAUAUAUUUCAGAAGAUGAUAACGAGCUGGCGUCGGUCAAAGCUCUAUUGCGAUUUUUUCACCUUAUUGGCUUUAGCUUCACAUGCUCGCCAAGAAUCGAAAACUGGAAAGGGGGCAGAUUAAUUGAUGGCUUGGAUAUUGUUUAUCCGGGCGGCGUCGGUUGGGAUUUACAAUACUAUGGGUCUCCACGUAUUACAGCCGCAUUACUAAGGUCGGACCCAAGACCAAAAGUAUAG